AAGGUAUCAGCAGGGCUGUUUCAAGAUUCUCCAGGGGAAAAUUCAUGCCUUGCCUCUUGGAAGUCCCUGGAGGAUGCAGCAUUCCUGAGUCCUGACGAAUCACUCCUAUCUUGGCUCUGGGAUCACGUAGCCAUCUUCCUACUGUGAUCUCCUGCCUCCCUCUUAGGUAGAUACUGUGAUUGUUAUCAGGCCACCCAGAUCAUUCAGGCUAAUCAGUGAAUCUGAAGAUCAUUACCUUAAUCACAUCUGUGAAGUACCUUUUGCAAUAAAAGGCCACAUUCUUAGGUUCUGGGGGUUAGAAUUCGGAUAAUUUUGGGGGCUAUUGUUUAACAGAUGUCUACCACAGAUGUCGUAAAGUGUGUGUGUCACUAAGAUAGUCUCUCGGUAUGAAGAAUCUGGCAGUCCUUGAUAUAUAUGAUAAGUUGACUGGAAUGAUUUAGCCAUCAUCUAGAGAAGCCAGACCCGGACCAUGGGAAACUCCCCCAAAUCGGCAUUUAUUAUUGAUCUUCUCUACCCAUCCGGCUAUGCAGGAAGUUUCUCACAGAGAACUAUUAUUUCUUACAGUUUGAAAGAAUAAUAUGCCUAACAAAAGAAUAUGAACCUAGUAAGUCUUUGUUUCUAAGUUUCAUUUCUUGUUGUAUCUUUUUUGCUUUGUUUUGUUUUCGUUUUUUUGGUGCUGGGGAUUGAACCCUGUGCCUUGUCCAUGCUAAGCACACGCUUUACCACUAAACGACACCCCUGUCCUUAACAUGUAGCAGUUGCUUUAUCAAAAUCCAUUCUGAUAUCACUUAUACUUUUGUUAUGUUCUCUUAAAUGAUCCUGUACUUUUCCACUAUAGUAUUACUGAGUGAUUUAAUAAACAACCAUGUCUUUCUUCCUGGGCAUACAUGCCUUUCUUUUUUCUACUACAUUGGAGCCCAUAACAGUGGACCAGUGUGUGCUAGGCAUUCCUGUAUUUUUGAAGGAAUGCCUGAAUCUCUCACUGUUUUUUCCCAGGAGUUCUAAUGCAGCACUGGUCUAAGAGGCAAACAUGGACUGUAUCGUAUCCAUCUUAAUAACCCUAAGAAUUCACAGAGUACAGGAGACACGAUGAGCAUUUGAUUUUUAAAGGCAUUGAUUUAACUGAUCUAUCUAGUCCUAUAUUUUCCCAAAGUCAAUUUGAGAAAAGCCUAUGGAUAAUUUUAGCUCUUAGAUAACUAGAAUGACCUCAUUCCUCCUUAAUCUUAUCAUUAGGCAAUCUCACCAUUUUCGGCAAGGUCAUAAUCAGGAUUAAAAUACAUUCAAAAGAAAUAUUCUAUUUUAACAAGGUUGAAAAUGUCCACCUCAAAAACAGAAGUAAGCAAAGAAGGAUUAAUUCUUAAAUAAUAACCUUGUGUAUGUACUUAUGAAUUUAUCAGCAAAAUACCAUGUGGUUGUGUUGGGGAUAUGGCUCAAGCAGUAGAGAGCUCGCCUGGCAUGCGCGGGGCGCUGGGUUCGAUCCUCAGCACCACAUACAAAUAAAAUAAAGAUGUUGUGUCCACCGAAUACUAAAAAAUAAAUACUAAAAAAAAUCCUCUCUCUCUCUUAAAAAAAAAAAAAGACAAAAACAUGUGGUUGACUGAGUACAGAAUAAAUGGAUUCUGCCCACAUGGGUGUGCAUGUGUAUGUAAAGCUGAUAUCUCUCUGUCUUCGAAGAGAGGCAAUCCUAUGACUGUCUGCUUUAGAGGAGUUGUUGGCAUAAUUACAAAGUUUGUAAAAUUCAUGUCUCUUACAAUAAUUCAUUUAAGAAUAACAGGUAAGAAGUUCAGCGAUGCUGUCAGUGUGGUUCCAGGCAUUUGAGGAUCAAGGCAUUUAAGAGGAAUCAUUAGGCAUUAAUACAGGCGUUAAUACAUCUUUCUGUCUGCUGGCUCUAGUAGUUUAAUUAGACUACAGGUCACCUUUGAUGUGUCAGAGGAAGGCUUGGUCAGAGGAAUGAAUUCCUACCUGAAAACAACUGGGGAGAAAGCCUGAGGGGAAAGUCGACAGACUGGUUAUGUCCAUUUCUUCAUCCUACUACAUCCCCAAAAGGUAUUUAUUAGUUGGGAAGUAAGUUCCAAAACAUCUGUAAAACAAAGAAAAUGCAUCUCGAUGCCCUGGGGCUGUUGAAUUCCACAGCUGUUGACUCACAGAUGUAAGCAGAGACCUAACACGGCAGACACUCUUUCUCAGUGAAGGAAUUUACAAUCUUCUCCAUCUAGUCCACCAGGAGAAGGAAAAGCCCUAUUAAGGAGUCAGCUGAUGGGAGAAGAAUGGCAAGCUGAAGGGCUGGAGGGUGGGGCGGGGGCAGAGAGCCUUUGGGGACCAUGUGAUGGAGGAGCAAAGUUAGAGGAAUAAAGUAUUCCGGCGAAUCAAGCAGAGGAAUUAAGUCAUUAAUUAAUACGCUUAGCUGGCAGAGGUAUCUAUCACUAGAUGAUGCCCAGAUGAGAAAUAAAAGGACAGCCUAGGAUUUGUUUGUCUUGGUUCCCUUUAAGCAUUUCAAACCACCUCACAGCGCCAGAAGCUUAUCCCUAGGUAGAGAUGCAUAAAAGAUCAAAAGAUUUAUUGAGCUCGUUUCUAGUAUUCCAGAGAUUAUUUCAGGAAAAAAAAAAAAAGUCACAUUUAUUUAUUUAUUCAUCAGCUAUUUUGGGUACCCACUGUUUGCCAGGACUUUUUCUAGGUACUGGAUUUAAAAAGAUAACAUGUAUUUUUGUUCUCUUGGGCUUCUUUUUCCUUAGGCUCUGUUUGACAGCGGCGUCAUCACUGCCAUGCACUGGGUGCCAAGCAUCAUGUCACCACAUUAAGUACUCUCCGCGGUGGUGUGACAUGACCCUCGCAGCCCUGUUAGGAAUCCUUGUUUGGAGAGGAGAUUGCAGCCUCCUGGUGGGGAGGAGUGGAAGGAUUAUAUAAAAAACAACUUUCUUGGGCCCUGAAUGUCAACAGACCUGCUUUCUUUGUCUUGGGAAGCACGUUGGAGGGAUGACAGACGGAUUCUCGCAAUUUGGAAAUAAAAACUUGAGGGACGAGUUGAAAAGCCACAUCUCUGGUCCUUGUACACGCAUUCAGAGCAAUUUCAUCCAGAAACUACCCUUCCUGGGCAAACCGCCCUCAGGUGUUGUCCUCCACUGCAGAAAGCCCCAACAAGUUGCUGCUCUACUCGGCGUUGACCAAGAAGCCAUGAAAUCCUUUUCUGGGGGAGACGUAGAAGAUUGCCUCCUCAAUAAGGUGGACUUGAGACGCCAGCAGGUUUCCCAGGCUGUGGAGGAGGUGCAGAGAGUCAUCCAUUGUCUGACCACAGAAAUCAGCCACCAGGACAUCCGAUUCCAAGCUGUGCCUUACUCUGACAUAUACAAUGGGAACAUUAAGGUUUUGGCCCCCAGCCAGUUCCUGGUCACAGUCCCAGUGAAAGGUCUGGCCGGGUACCGGGAGGCCAGGGAGCGGCGCUGGCGGUACUACACCCUUCAGGGCACCCGGAUCCCCUGUCCCCUGAGGGACCCCGAGGGCCUGCAGCAGUGGCUGGAGGUGGAGCAGUUCAUGAAGAGCCUGUGGCAGUGGCAUGAGGCAGACGUGAACAUCGAGGGGGACAUUGUGCCCGCCAAGGUCCUCCUGGUGUUCCGGAAGCUGGUGGAAAACGCGAUUAGGACCUGUCACCUCUCAGGUAAGGUCAGCCUGCUGGCAAACUGCGAGGCCGUUUGGGUUGCCGUGGAAACAGCUGCCUGUCAGGUGGAAAUAGAGCUGGUCCCCACCGUGGAGGUCCCCACCGCCUGGUCUGAGAAAGCACAGUGGCCUCGGUGCCUGAAGCGCUGGCCUUCCCCAGAGAAAGUGGAAUGCCUCAAGUCCUUUGGGUUCAACCUGCUGGCCCACGCCGGCUAUCACUGGCAGCUCAGCUUCUCCCAGGCCGAGCAGAUGCUCCUGGAGCAGCUGGACGAGGACGGGGGCUGCCGCAGACAGUGCUUUCAGGUCAUGAGGCAGCUGAAGGAGGACGUCUGGUGUCCUGGGAAGAGGCCUGUCCUCACCUCCCACCAUCUGCAGACGGUGCUCUUCUGGACUUGCGAGAAGUAUCCCCACCUGAAGGACUGGCAGGUGUUGCACAAAGGCCUCCUGCGCCUGGUGAGGAAGCUGCACAAGUGUGUGAGCCAGCACUUCCUGAAGCACUACUUCGUCCCAAAGAGCAACCUCCUCCAGUAUGCUAACCCCAGCGAGCUGGACUCCGUAGCCCAGAAACUGGCCUUCUUCCUGAAGAACCCCCAGGUCAGCCUGCCCUGAAGGCCGGCCCUGCCCAGAGACCCUCGCACACUCCAUUCUGGCUUGAGCUCCUUGUCCGGGACCCAACCCAGGAGAGAGGCAGAGGAGACCACCUCGGGACUCCAGAGAGGGGACACUGUGUCCUGAGAUGUCCGACCCAGGCCUCUCUGGAGCUAAGCAAGCAUUUCACCCCAGCUACCUCUCAUGGGGACAGCUGUCAUCAAGCUUCCCAAGCCACCGAUUUCUGAACUGAUGACAGUUCCGGUUUAUUUUCUCUUACUCCGGCUCUGAUCGUCUGACUGGGAGAACCCCUGGAAGGCCAGACAGGAGCUUGCCGCCCAGGAGUGUACUCUAGCCCACUGAACGUGGGCGCAUUAUCUUUCCAUUUGUAAAAUGGAGAUGUUAAUAUGCCCUCUUUGGAGAGGGCUUCGAGCCUGUGGCAUUGCUGGGACCUUUUCCAACAGAAGGACAUUGGAGCAAUACAAAGUGCUACUAGCUGGUUUAGGAGCCGGUGUUUGCCUCCCGGAUGGGUAUCCACACACCGAUGGAACGGUCGCACCUAAGCGUUUGCACACCUCUGAUGCCCUCAGCCCUCCUACACUGUGGCUGAGUGGCCUCUGCUCUCUGGUGUUCUCCUAAGAACAGCAGGAGUAGUCCUGGUGGCUAGUGGGAGUCCAGGAUCCACCCACUGCCAGCUACAGCCAUCAUGCCAGGAUGCAGGAAUGGAACUUCCUUCUACUUCUAAAGAAUGAGCUCCCUAGCGUGAACUUGCUUGGAGUGACAUAUUCCUUUGCUCAAAUCCCUCGUUCACUUAUUCAUUCCUUGGUAAAUAAAUGUUCAUUAGGCACUGGGAAAACCAGAGAGAGCAAGAUGGACCCACUGAAUGGGGUCACACCUAGUGGUGAAGACAAGAAAUGAACAGAUAAAUAAACAGUUACGACAGGUGAAGCCAGGGCUCUAAAGGAAAUAAACAGAAUGUUGAAACAGAAAGAGGCACAAAGGACGAAAAUGAAAACCACAGAAGAAGGAGGAAAGGUGACUAAGGACAGGCUUGAAGGGGCAAGGAUGAGUCCAAUCCUGUGACCCUGCAAAGCUGAUAAGGGAUCAGUAUUCUAAGGUGUAACAUUGACCUCUCCCAAAGCAAGUGGGGUAUCAGGAUCUGACUUGCCUUUUAAAUAAUUGCUCAGGUGACUGCAUCCAGAAGUCUGGGGCUCAAGAGACUCAGGGGCACUGACAGCUUUCAUACCUACCUAUUUUAAGGGGCAUUGAAGGCCACAAAGCAACACAUCCUGCACAGCACAGCUGACCAGGAAUUCUAGGAUUUCUUGGAAAAGUUCACGCUCGACAAGGAAUGACUAAGUUCCAACCACGCUGCCAGGAGCUAGGGUUGCGUAACAGGUACAGAACAAACUCUGGGCACUGUGAUACUUGGCAUCCAAAGCUGGGACACCAUGGAACCAAGAAGUACUGUUGACUAGCACCAGCCAUAUGAGAAGAGGAGCCCCUAUGGAAGCUUCAACUCAUCCAGAGUGAACAAUGUGGUCCCUUCCCCAGGGCGUUCCCAGAGUGUCUCCAGCAAUCCCACAGCUUGGGCGUGUGCAAUCCCACAGGCUGCCCAGCACCUCCAGAGCAAUUCCUGGGAUUCUCAGAGCUUCCCACCACCAGCCUCAGUUUGAGCAGCUGACCUCCGAAUGACCAGCUGCUGGACACCUGGGCUCCAGGCCAGCUCUCUGGGCAUGGUCAUCAAUGGGCCAUAAGGACCCUCUGCAGGAACACUAGCCAACGCGUGCUGGAGUCUGCCAUGGUGCAUAUCUGGGUGUGGACUUGCCUGCCAGUAUAAGGGGACAGCUAUGUAUCUCACCAGGGUCCCUCUCACCAGGUUGUCAUGUGGUGUCUUCACUGUUGCCCACUAGAGUGUGCGUAGGUGCACUGUCUAAAUAUGUGCAUGUGUUAAGAAGGGCACAGACUGUGUUAAAGUAUCUGUGUGCACACUCUGGUAGGGGUGUGGGCUGAGAUAUUUGGCUGUAUUUCUGUGUGUGCCUAUGGGUAUUCUCUCUUGUGAUUCUCAACUCAGUUGCAGAUGACAGCUGCCUUCACUUUGUCCCUUCUGUUUUCAGACCCCAGCAGUGUUCUGAGGUGAUAUGGGCCCUGCCUUGCAAAGACAGGCAGCUUGAUUUUGUCCCCAUAGGGUGUGAACCCUUCCAGCUCUCCCUGUGCUCCCACUGGUUUCUGCUCUCCCCUCAUGCUCUGUCCUAGCCUUGCUGACAUCCCCCCCCCCCCCCCCCCCCCCCCCCGGACACAUCAGAAAGGAGCUGGAAACCAUCUGGUUGAAACAUAGCUCCUGAGCCAUGAAAGCACAGUGCCCAGGAUCCCCUGGGGCCACGGCAAGGCUGUAUCCAAGAACUUCUGUGCCCCACACCUCCAUCUCCUGGCCCGAGCCUUUCUUCCCACCCUGGAUAGGCACAAUCCACGGGUGAGGGUCCUUCUUUCCCUAGUCAUUCUGUCUCUGGGUGGUUCCCAGUGGAAGUAGCAUUACUCUGGGACAUGGCCAAUUGCAUCUCGAGGCCUCUGAAAUUUCAAUCAUGACCUCUACAUUGCCCUACAAAGCUGGGAACACUGGGGACAAAGGGGGCCAUUAAACAUGUGUAUAUUUUCAGUUAGCUGGAGAGCAGCACACGAAGCUGCUGGUGGGCCCUCAGGAGAGGAAACACAUUCAAAGAGGCAGAUGCUGGCCAUGGUUUCUGCAGCUUGGCAGGGACAGCAGCUCUUGGCACUUGCUCUUGUAGGCCUGACGCACUGUCUGUCCCACUGCAGCGGUUCUCCUUGCACAUGACCUCAUGUUCCUCAGCCCCAGUGCCCAGGUCCAGGCCUCCCCAGUGUGUGGCAGCCCUCAGUGCUGCUCCUUGGCCAGGAGGGCCCAGGCAGGCCUCCAGGUAGGGAUUUUCUUAUGAUGGGGAAAAUAAUCAGAGAGCUCUAUGAUGUUGGGCAAAUUGCUUAAGCCCUUUGUGCCUGGGUUUGUUAACCUAUAAAAUGGGCAACAAUAUAUACCUCACAGGGUGUGGUAAGACUUAAACAAGUCACUCUAUCCUUAGCAUAUACUGAGAGAUACAUCGGGCACUAUCUGCAGUGUAUGUAGGAAGCACUUCAUAAUUGUUUAUUAUAAGACCACCCCACAGCCCAACUGGCCUUCUCCCUGGGUCUGCUGGAAGGGAAAAGGAGAAAGACUUCUUUUGCACGGUUUAAGAUUGGAAGCAGGCAGGGAUAAUGCCCUUUCACACUUAGAAAAGACCCCCAUUAUCCUGGCAUUACUGGGGAUACCCAGGGUACCUGGGGGAUGCAGCCCUGUGUAGGCAGGUGAGGAUAUCAGCAGAACAAAACUUCCCACCCAGGAAAGGAAGCCUGCCUAGCCCUGCUCCUGCCUUCUCUGGUCUUUAUUAAAGGUCAGCAAGAGCAGAGAGGCCCCCUAGAAUUUGUCUCUGUUGACAAGGCCAGCAGACAUAGGCUCUAAAAAUAAACCUUAAUAAGAUUUUAAGUAAACGCUUUUUCAACAACAA